AUGACCUUGCUUGACCUCCCAGAAGAAACUCUUUGCCUCAUUGCGGAAGAACUGGAUAACCAGUAUGAUCGAUAUUCCCUAGUUCAAUCAUGUCAUCGACUGUACACAGUUCUGCUACCAACUCUCUACUCCCGGGUGAUUCUUGGUGAUGUCAGCGAUCAUACUAUUGGACAAGUCAGUCAAUUUUUCAAUACAAUCGCGAGACGACCAGAGUUGGCGAGCGCCGUGCGUUCUUUGCGCGUGGAGAGUUGGGACACUGAGGACGACAUUGAGAACAUCAAUUGUGAAUUUGAAUACGAUCCCCAACUUAUCGAUGGGCUUGUCGCUGGUACUUGUUGGUCCAAACAACCGAACGAUCAACUGCGGCGCGGAAAUACCGAUGCUUGGUUAGCUCUGCUCAUCCCUCAGCUGAAAGGCUUAAGACAAAUCAGCAUAUGCUACCCGUAUGGGUCAGAGUAUGUUGAGAAGAUGUUCGAGAAGGCUGCCAAAGAUGACCCCGCAGCAUUUACUCGUCUCGCCGAUGCUUUCGCGGAAUGGUAUGAUACGGAAAAUUCCAUCCAUGCAAGCUGCAUGGAACCGUUCUUCAAAUUCCCAUCAGUGCGCAGGAUUGGAGGAUCCUCUAUUCUCGACUCUGAUCGCCAAGAGGGAGCACCCCGCAUUACACCCUUCUCAGGGGUCACGGAUAUCGAUCUUGACAUGACCAACACUGAGUGUGGAUUCGGUGUCUGGAUGGAAUCUUGCAAGGCUCUCAAGACGUUCCGGUUAAAUAUUGGCGGAGGCAUGAUCUCAGAUGGGCCCGAUCUUGUAACGGGUCCCCUUCGAGAAUCUAUAUCCCUCCACAAGUCAUCACUGGAGGCGUUUUGGCUCUGUGGCGAAUCAUAUCAGUAUUUGGAAGACGACGAUGGAUGGCUGGGAUCGUUUGCCGAUUUCAAUGUGAUGAAAUAUCUACAUAUUUCUAUAUCAAUGCUUGCCAAACUUGACGACGACCUUGAGCCCACACGAAACCUUGUGGAGCUUUUGCCGCCGUCCCUUGAGACUUUGUUUCUGUGUCACUGCCCCCACGAGCUGCUCGAAUGGGCUGUCGAUCAAAUCGAACUUUUGUUGAAUUCAAAUUCUCUGCCACGUCUUACUUCCUUGGGACUUGAAGGUUGGGGACCUACAGAGGUCGAGGAGAGUUCCUUGGAGACUAUGCGCAAACUGGAGGCGUUGAACAGAAGAUGCGCGGAAGCUGGCCUAUUCUUUGCCACUUCUAUUGGAAGUCACCGAAUCGUACCGAGCCGUUUUGUAUCACUUUGGCCUUGCCAGUGA